AUGACAACAUUCACAUUGCAAGAUGUCGCUAGCAAGUCGACACAAUCGUCCGGGUACAUCGCCAUUGACAACAAGGUGUACGAAAUCACUGAUUACAUGUCAAAACAUCCAGGCGGCGAUGAUAUCCUAGCUGAAGUGCUCGGGACGGACGCUACACAGGCUUUCCACGAGGUGGGACAUAGCGAGGAGGCGAUGGAGCAGCUGAAACAACUGCUUGCUGGCGAGCUGCAUGUUUCCAAGAAGGAGAAUACAGCUACGGUGAAGCGGCUUUCUGGUCUGUACAUGUGGGUGGUGUCAGUCUUUGGAGUUGGAUUGCUGUCCAUCCUGGCUUUCUUUUAUGUGAACAUUGCUUCGGUACAAUAA